GCCUCAAACUCAAUUCAAUACCAUUCAAAUUCAGAACACCUUCAAUCCUACAUAUUCUCUCUCUCUCUCUCUCUCUCUCUCUCUCUCUUGUACUCCUUCUCUCCUAGACAAAAAGAAGAGAAGAUGAGCAGCAGUAGCAACAGGGGAGGGUCAAAGAGGAGGAUAUCAAGCAGAGGGCUAGGAGGGGCCCUUAAAGAGCAAAAGACUAAGCUCUACAUCAUCGGGCGAUGUGUGGUCAUGCUUCUUCGCUGGCAAGAUUAAUCCAACUUCGUCAUCGAGCGGCGGCGGCAACGAAUGCGUUCUUUUUUAUUAUUAUUAGGAGGUGUAAAUAGCAUCGAUCGGCGAUUAUUAUUUAGAGAAUUAGAGACUCUGAAGAGAGUAACAGUUUUUGGUCCAAUUGGCCUUUUGGGCUUCUUCUAAAUCAGAUAGCUAGCUUUGGAUUGAUGAUGAAACCUACGCGACUGUAACUUCAUUUUUUGCGGUCCAUUGUAGCAUACCGAUUCAUGUAAUGAUGUUUCAAGGAACAGGAGGUUGAAUGUGUUAAAGAAAUCUAAUUUUGGGUCUUCUCUA